CCCAUGUUGUGUCUUUCUACUAUUGCUUAAACUAAAGUUCUCAGUUUCCUGAGAAACAUUUCUUCUCUGCCAAAUUCUGUACGAGAAGUGAAGAGAGUUGAAAGCCAAAAUGAAGAGGGUUUUCGUAGCUUUUGUCUUGGUGUUUGCUCUUCUUUUGACAUCCUCCUUUCUUGAAACUGCAACGGCCAAAUCUGUGUAUUGUGCGCACAAAUGCAAGGCUCGGUGUUCCAAGGCAGGAGUGAAGGAUCGAUGUGUGAAAUACUGCGAGUUGUGCUGUGCAAAGUGCAAAUGUGUUCCUAGUGGGACUUAUGGCAACAAGCAUCAGUGCCCUUGUUAUAGGGACAUGAAAAACUCCAAGGGAAAGCCUAAAUGUCCUUAAGAAUAAAACCAGAUUUCUUCUCCUGCUUGUCUACCUAUAACUAUUUUUACUAGUGUUUGGUUUGAGUUACAGACUCUUUUGUGUCUGUUAAACUUUCAGAAUAAGUGAGCUCCUCUAGUCUAGGACCUGUUACCCAAUCUUGUGUGGGAAUUGAGAAAUUAUGAUAUUAAAUCCUGCCAUUUCUUUCUUUUUACUAA